AUGGGGAAGUGCUCAGACACGCAGCAGACAGAUGGGGAAGUGCUCAGACACGCAGCAGACAGAUGGGGAAGUGCUCAGACACGCAGCAGACAGAUGGGGAAGUGCUCAGACACGCAGCAGACAGAUGGGGAAGUGCUCAGACACGCAGCAGACAGAUGGGGAAGUGCUCAGACACGCAGCAGACAGAUGAGGAAGUGCUCAGACAUGCAGCAGACAGAUGGGGAAGUGCUCAGACACGCAGCAGACAGAUGA